UCGAGGAUUCAUUUCGUUCGAGCUGCGGUUACAUGAACCCGCCAGAAACGGGUCGAGUUGAGUUGUCGCACCUCCUCGCAUCAAUCCUCUCUAGAUUGGUUGACACGGCCUGAUGGGAAAGGAUGUACUGCGAUAAACCAAUUCGACCCGCUUUUGUCGAGUUCAUGUAAACGCGGCUAUAUGUAAUACACGCUGUGUUCGUCGGCACCAUGGAUUCUGAUACCUGGUGCCGUUGUUCUCAUAUUUGCGGGCGUUGUCAUUGGGACAUGUUAUGCGGAUAGCUGCCGGGAUGGAGCCCUCUAGCAAUGACUUUACAGAAGAAAUGCAAGCUGGACGGAAAAUUUGUGCGGUGUGUUCAGAACGUAGCGAACGACGGGCAGCAAAGUGUUGUAUCGUCGCGGUUCUACUUCCGUGCAUCGCGAAUGCGUGCCCCACGAGUUUCGUGUCUUGUUCUCUCUGCGGCAGUGUGAGUCGAUACAGUUACAAAGACAAGUUUUCAGCGGCCUGAAAAGAACUAACUGACCUGUCCACAGGAACGCCCUCAUGGUUUCCCAGUGCUGGGAACACUGGAACUCCUGUUCCUGUUUUGCCGUACGAGACUGUCAACAAGUACACAGCGAAGAACUCCAUGGGUCAAUUCGUCUACAGCCUUCUGGAAGAGAGCGAGUGUCUAGCCCGCCAGUGCUGCGGAUCGUCGCGGUGCUUCCAGAUGCACGUAUUCGACAUCAGUAAUCGUGAAGUGAUGCGCUUCAUCCGACCACUGCGUUGCACGUCCUGUAUAUGGUUUUGCUGCCUUCAGAAAGUCGAGGUCCAAGCACCACCAGGAGUGACGAUCGGCUUUGUGAACCAGAAUUGGUCGGUCAUAUACCCUUGGUUCAACGUCUGCGACCAGUCUGGCAAACCAUUGCUUCAUAUAUUGGGACCAUGCUGCACUAUGAGUUGUCCUUGCUGCUGCGAAGUCAGAUUUAAGAUAACCACUAUGACUGGCGAAGAGGUAGGACAAAUCUGCAAGCAAUGGGCAGGGCUAGCGAAAGAGGCUUUCACAAAUGCUGACAACUACGGCAUAAGCUUUCCCAUGGACAUGGAUGUCCAUGUGAAGGCGUGCUUGCUUGGUUGCGCCAUGCUCAUUCAGGCAACGAAGUUCCCCCAGAUUUUUGUCAUUCAAAGCUGGAAAACGAGACUUGUACCGCCACCUUCGAAGCCUACGUGGACAUUGAAGAAACAGCUGUGUCUUUGGAUCCCUGCAUAUUUGCAGAUGCUACUCUAUGUGUUUGUACGACUCUUACGGUGACGGCGACGACGCGUAGCUUCUCCCGUUUCUUGCCUGCAUCAUCUUCAUCCGCUGUCACGUUUAAUCCUGUUCUUGACGACCAUGUACCAAUCUGUGAGAAAAGAAAAGAGAAAACAAAGAAAAGGAUAAAUAAAUAAUACAACAAUUACGGCUGUUCAGAAACUACUGACACCGCCUUUCUG